AUGGUAUAUAAGGACAGCCACGAAAGCUCUUAUGCACAGUUCCCUUGCAGCUUAGUUGCCGCGGGGACCCUGUACACACUGGCUAGCCUACAGAGUAUCGCCGAGAUGCGCGUCGUGGUGGCCUGGGUGCUGCUGGGGCUCAGCUGCGCCGCCAAGCUCGAGGAGAAGGGCUGGGACUCCGACCCGAAGCCCGUGGGAAGCUACUUCAAGGCGGAACUGCCCUCGGGGGAGACCUACUCCGCCUUCGCCGGGUUUGGGUCCGAGGAUGACGUCAAGAAGAGCGGAACCGUUCACGGUGCCGCUUUUGCCUCUUCUGGAGGAGGAGGCGGAGCGGUCAAGAACAGCGGGUCAUCCACGAGUGUAAAAUAUUCGACCAGCACGCAUUCCUUCUCUGCUGGAUUUGGUCCUGGGGCCACGAAAGCUGGAGGUGGUUUCCAGGGGUCGUCUUUAACUUCCUCUACAGGUCCUAGUGGGAAUAACGUGCCUGGAGGCUCCAGUCUUUCCCAUUCGGCGUUUUCAGGAUAUUCUUCGGGAAGCAGCAGCCAUUCAACAAAGGGAAGCUUCCACAGAACUUCUUUCUCCAGUGGAACGAAAGAAGGCUCUUCAUCCCUCCCAUCAGGUUCAUCACCUGGUGGGCAUGGGGCUGCCUCUGGGUGCUGUUCACCUACCUCAGGAAGCACCUUCUCCUCCAGCACACAUAUUACUUCAGGAUCACCAGGUUCUCCACCUGGUUCCGUAGGAGGAAGUACCUUUACAUCCAAUACCCACAGUACUGCUGGUGCUUCUGGGAGUCCAUUCAGUGCUUUUAGAGGAAGUUCCUUUACAUCAAACACGCAAAGUUCUUCGGGUCCUGGUUCUUCCACUUCCAGUACUAGCAUUUCUCGUCCUGGUUCAUCUGGGUUUGGCUCAAAAUUCAGUGCUACUAGUUCUGGUCCUGGCUCACCUGGCUCUGGUUCAACAGGUGGCACUACUGGUUCUCGUCCAAGUUCCCCUGGUGCUCAAGGGGCUACUUCUGGGUGUUGCGGUUCAACAAGUUCCUCAGGCAGUAGUUUCUCCUCCAACACUCAUGUCACUUCAGGAUCACAAGUUUCUCCAUCUGGUUCCGUAGGAGGAAGUACCUUCACGUCCAACACUCACAGCACUGCCGGUGCGCCCGCAAGUCCAUCUAACGCUUUUCGAGGAAGUUCCUUCACCUCGAAUUCACAAAGUUCCUCAGGCCCUCUGACGUCUCCUUCUGGAACUAUUGGCGGCAGCUCAAGCACCUCGAGCACCCACAGCACGGCAGGGACGGGAUCAAGCCCCUCCGGAUACAGCUACCAGUCUCCAUCCUCGAGCAAACCGGGAUCACCAUCUGGUCCUGGUGCUUCUCUUUUAAGCAGUGGUGCUUCUCGUCCUAGUUCACCUGGGUCUGGUUCCACGUUUGGCGCUCCUGGUUCUCGCCCAGAUUCACCUGGAUCUUCUCCCACUUUUGGCGCUCCUGGUUCUCGUCCUGGUUCACCUGGAUCUUCUCCCACUUUUGGCGCUCCUGGUUCUCGUCCUGGUUCGCCUGGAUCUUCUCCCACUUUUGGCGCUCCUGGUUCUCGCCCAGGUUCACCUGGAUCUUCUCCCACUUUUGGCGCUCCUGGUUCUCGUCCUGGUUCACCUGGAUCUUCUCCCACUUUUGGCGCUCCUGGUUCUCGCCCAGGUUCACCUGGAUCUUCUCCCACUUUUGGCGCUCCUGGUUCUCGCCCAGGUUCACCUGGAUCUUCUCCCACUUUUGGCGCUCCUGGUUCUCGUCCUGGCUCACCUGGAUCUUCUCCCACUUUUGGCGCUCCUGGUUCUCGCCCAGGUUCACCUGGAUCUUCUCCCAGUUUUGGCGCUCCUGGUUCUCGCCCAAGUUCUGGUUCUAGUUCUACUGGCACCGGGUCUAGCGCCUCUGGUUAUGAGUAUGGUUCACCUUCAACAAGCUUUGGGAUAGGUUCCAGUUCAAAGCCAGGUUCACCUGGAUCUAGUUCUACUUUAGGUUUUCCUGGUUCUCGCCCUGGUUCUUCCACUUUUGGCGCUUCUGGUUCUCGCCCAGGUUUACCUGGGUCUGGUUCUACUCUUGGUGCUCCUGGUUCACCUGGAUCUGGUUCUACUCUUGGUGCUCCUGGUUCACCUGGAUCUGCUUCUACUUUCGGUUCUCAUGGUUCUCGCCCAGGUUCAUCUGGAUCUUCUUCCACUUUUGGCGCUCCUGGUUCACCUGGGUCAGGUUCUAGUUUCGGUUCUCCUAGUUCUCGCCCAGCUUCUCCUGGUUCUAGUUCGACUGGCAGUGGUUCUGGUGCUUCUGGAUAUGGGUAUGGCUCAAAGCCAGGUUCGCCUGGAUCUGGUUCUACAAUAGGUGCUACUGGUUCUCGCCCUGGUUCACCUGGGUCUGGUUCUACUUUUGGCGCUUCUGGUUCCCGCCCAGGUUCAUCUGGAUCUUCUUCCACUUUCGGUUCUUCUGGUUCUCGCCCAGGUUCACCUGGGUCUGGUUCUAGUUUAGGUUCUGGUUCUACUCUCGGUUCUCAUGGUUCUCGCCCAGGUUCACCUGGGUCUGGUUCUAGUUUCGGUUCUCAUGGUUCUCGCCCAGGUUCACCUGGGUCUGGUUCUACUUUCGGUUCUCAUGGUUCUCGCCCAGGUUCACCUGGGUCUGGUUCUAGUUUCGGUUCUCAUGGUUCUCGCCCAGGUUCACCUGGGUCUGGUUCUAGUUUCGGUUCUCAUGGUUCUCGCCCAGGUUCACCUGGGUCUGGUUCUACUUUCGGUUCUCGCCCAGCUGGAUCUGGUUCCACUCUUGGUGCUCCUGGUUCACCUGGAUCUGGUUCCACUCUUGGUGCUCCUGGUUCACCUGGAUCUGGUUCUACUUUAGGUGCUCCUGGUUCUCCUCCAGGUUCAUCUGGAUCUGGUUCUACUUUUGGUGCUCCUGGUUCACCUGGAUCUGGUUCUACUCUUGGUGCUCCUGGUUCACCUGGAUCUGGUUCUACUUUAGGUGCUCCUGGUUCUCCCCCAGGUUCACCUGGAUCUGGAUCUACUUUCGGUUCUCAUGGUUCUCGCCCAGGUUCAUCUGGAUCUUCUUCCACUUUUGGCGCUCCUGGUUCACCUGGGUCUGGUUCUACGUUCAGUUCUGGUUCUCGCCCAGGUUCAUCUGGGUCUGGUUCUAGUUUCGGUUCCCUUGGUUCUCGCCCAGCUUCUCCUGGUUCUAGUUCUACUGGCAGUGGUUCUGGUGCUUCUGGAUAUGGGUAUGGCUCAAAGCCAGGUUCGCCUGGAUCUGGUUCUACAAUAGGUGCUACUGGUUCUCGCCCUGGUUCACCUGGGUCUGGUUCUACUUUUGGCGCUUCUGGUUCCCGCCCAGGUUCAUCUGGAUCUUCUUCCACUUUCGGUUCUUCUGGUUCUCGCCCAGGUUCACCUGGGUCUGGUUCUAGUUUAGGUUCUGGUUCUACUUUCGGUUCUCAUGGUUCUCGCCCAGGUUCACCUGGGUCUGGUUCUAGUUUCGGUUCUCAUGGUUCUCGCCCAGGUUCACCUGGGUCUGGUUCUACGUUCGGUUCUCGCCCAGCUUCUGGCUCUAGUUCUACUGGCAGUGGUUCUGGUGCUUCUGGAUACGGGUAUGGCUCAAAGCCAGGAUCGCCUGGAUCUGGUUCUACUUUAGGUGCUCUUGGUUCUCCCCCAGGUUCAUCUGGAUCUGGUUCUACUUUUGGUGCUACUGGUUCACAUGGGUCUGGUUCCACUCUUGGUGCUCCUGGUUCACCUGGAUCUGGUUCUACUUUAGGUGCUCCUGGUUCUCCCCCAGGUUCAUCUGGAUCUGGUUCUACUUUUGGUGCUCCUGGUUCACAUGGGUCUGGUUCCACUCUUAGUGCUCCUGGUUCACCUGGAUCUGGUUCUACUCUUGGUGCUCCUGGUUCACCUGGAUCUGGUUCUACUUUAGGUGCUCCUGGUUCUCCCCCAGGUUCACCUGGAUCUGGUUCUACUUUCGGUUCUCGCCCAGGUUCAUCUGGGUCUUCUUCCACUUUUGGCGCUCCUGGUUCACCUGGGUCUGGUUCUACUUUUGGCGCUUCUGGUUCUCGCCCUGGUUCACCUGGUUCUGGAGGAAUUAAAGGAACUGGUUCUGGGUCUAGGAUUCCUGGUUCCUCCAGUGGCAGCGUCACCCUUAAUGUUAUAGAAAGCUCCUUCAAUAAACCUGGGUUUGGAGCUCACCGCACUGGCUUUUCCGCGCCCUCUUCCUUCGCUCCUUCUUCAGAGUCUGGAUCUCCGCAUCGUGGAAGUCCUUCUAAAGUAGGCACUAGUGGCACUGGCUCUGGUCCUGGUUCAACUGUAUCUGGAUCUUUCGGUAGUUCUCGUCCAGGUGCAUUUGGCCCCGGCUCUUCAAGUCUUAGUGGUUCUCGCUCAGAUUCUUCAAGACCUGGUUCAAGCAGCACUUCGUCAUCAACGUUCGGCCAACCGUCAGGCUCUGUGCAUGCGGGAUACUGCCCCGCCGAGACCAAGCAGUGUCCGACGGGAAAUCCCCCCAAACAGUGCAUUAACGAUGACUCCUGCGGCGCGACCGAGAAGUGCUGUUUCGACACCUGUUACCACCACCCCGAUCAUCACUGGGUGUGCAAGCCAGCUAUCGAGUGGUAGAUUAUGUAACUGACCCAUAUGUGUGGCAUUAGAUUAAAGAUAAAUUGCGCUUUUCCAAAAUGAAGAGACUAUGCAUGGAAAGUGUAACAUUGAUUGGGCUUCAUGGUGUGCCAAAUAAUUAUAAAUUAUUUUGAUACAUUUUACAUGAAACAUUUCCAAAGUCCAUUUUUGUAUCGGUAAUAAGUAAAAACUGUAUUGGAUAAAAUAACACUUUAUGCAUUAAUGAAAAAAAGAAGCAAAGUCAGGGUCCAGAUUUCACAGGCUUUUUGUUGAUCUGAAAGUUAUGGACUUCUUCGGUUGUGUAAUUAAGGUGUCUGGCUUUAAUAAAACUGAAUGAACAGCA